AUGGCAGAUCGUCUGGCAGAUUACGGGACGCGUCUGGUUGACGACGUAGAAUUGCUUUGGCUGAAUGGGAUCCCAGGCUGCAUUGCAUUCAUCCGAAGAAUUGAAGAGUUGUGA